AUGGCAAGCGUUAACCAUCUCAGCAGAUCUGCAGCAGCCCAGGACGACAACGGGGGAGAUCAUAUCAGCGGUUAUGAGUCACCGCGCUCCGGAGUUGCGACACCCAAGCCAGACCCUCACGACCGACGAGUGCCCGGCAUCAUGAGCUACUUCAGCCAGGUUCGUGCAAGCUCUCUUCAGCGCUUCAUGCCCGCUUCUCUCAGAUUCGGGGGGCAGCAAUCUGCGACUGCUUCCAAGCCUGCCACUCCUUCGGCGGAGACGCAAGCGCAAGCGCAGGCUCAGCCGAAGCAGCCAAAGAACCUUGCUCCAGCAGAGUUACCUCUUACUCCCGAAGAACCCGAGGAUCCGGAGUCGUGGACUGGUUCGUUAGACGACGGGCCGCCUCUCCUGCCUCAUGAGAUGGUGGGGCUCGCCGCCGAACCGUCGCCUCGGGAAAACACCCGCCUGCCCCGUUAUCCAACUCCUCCAGUCUCGCAGCGGUCGUCGCUGCGCAACCUCCAGCAGGAAAAUGCCUCUGGCGGCAAGAAGUCGAGCAGUGGCACCCCGCCCGAUUCUCGGCCAUCCAGUCUGCGCCAUCUGAGCAUCUCGGAUGGCAGCAAGGCCGCAGUAAGGGGUCUGUCAAUGCUUGCGAGUGCUCCUCUGACGACCACCGUCAAUGGCGCCACAGUCUCUGCCAGCCAUCUGUCAAAUCCUGCCGGCGGUGCCUCUACUGUCCCGAAUUCUCCAACCCGGGAGCGUUCUCCUUCUGCUCACGGCCAUCUUUCGUCUAAGUCAGCCUCUAUGAUACAACUCAAGAAGCUAACAGAUAUGGCGGCCAAAAAGAGCGGCACAUCAACCCCAACGCGCUCCUCUUCAACAGCUCAACCCUUCCACCACGAAGGGGAUGCCUCUUCGGCACAAGGCAACGGCGACCGUAUUGACCGUACAGCGACAAACACCCCGACACCACAGGGCGCACGCGCCCCCGCUGCGAAAGGGAAGCUCAAAAUUAAGGUCUCAGAGGCCAGAGGGCUUCGGCGCUGUUUGGACCCUUAUGUCAUCGUAGUCUUCCAGCGAAACGAGCUCAUCUCGAGUGGCCCCCGGAAUCCUGACGAUGACGACGAUACGGCCUUCUCAUCUUCAGGCGGUAUUCCCAUUCAACGCCAAGGCAGUGACUCUGGUCGGCCCAUGGCCAUCCCAAUGAGGAGCAGGCAGAGCAGCCAUACCGGCUCGAGCGACCGCAGCACUCCGCUCAAUCGCAAUGCGCCCCGAACUUACACAAAUCCCAAGUGGGAUGCAGAAGCAACCUUUGAUGUCGUUGACCUAGAUAUGAUGGUUGACAUAUCAGUUUACGGCAAGAGCCAGAAUGGUGAAAUCUUCCUCGGUCAUGUUGACUUCAAGGCAGUGCCCUCGGAAAAGUCCCCUGUCCGGGGCUGGUUCCCGUUAAAGGGACAUGUAGACACCAAGGCAGAAAAUGCGCCGACGGGCGAGAUCUACGUUGAAGCCUUUUAUCAGCGGGCUGAGCGCAGGCAUUUCGGUCCCGAGGAUUUCCAGAUUCUUCGGCUUAUUGGCAAAGGCACCUUCGGUCAGGUGUAUCAAGUUCGGAAGAAGGACACUGGGCGCAUUUACGCCAUGAAAGUGCUCUCGAAGAAGGUCAUCGUGCAGAAGAAGGAGGUCGCGCAUACGGUCGGCGAGCGCAACAUUUUGGUUCGGACCACCAUGGCCGAAUCUCCUUUCAUCGUCAGCCUCAAAUUCUCCUUCCAGACUCCUUCUGACCUGUACUUGGUGACCGACUACAUGUCCGGAGGUGAACUCUUCUGGCACCUGCAAAAGGAUGGCAAGUUCGAAGAGAAGAGGGCCAAGUUUUAUAUUGCCGAACUUAUCCUUGCUUUGCAACACUUGCACGAGAAUGACAUUGUUUAUCGGGAUCUGAAGCCCGAGAAUAUCCUUCUCGAUGCCAACGGUCAUAUCGCCCUCUGCGAUUUCGGUCUGUCAAAGGCGAACUUGUCGAAGGACGACACGACAAAUACAUUCUGUGGUACCACCGAAUAUCUGGCCCCUGAGGUGCUCCUGGAUGAAAGCGGUUAUACCAAGAUGGUGGACUUCUGGUCUUUGGGCGUCCUUGUUUUUGAAAUGUGCUGCGGUUGGAGCCCGUUUUAUGCCGAAGACACCCAGCAGAUGUACAAGAACAUUGCCUUCGGCAAGGUCAGGUUCCCGCGCGAUACUCUUUCACUCGAGGGUCGAAAUUUUGUCAAGGGUCUGCUGAACCGUAAUCCGAAGCACCGCCUGGGUGCUAUCGAUGAUGCAGAAGAGCUCAAGAGACACGCAUUCUUUGCCGACAUGGAUUGGGAUGCGCUCUCCAAAAAGCUCAUCACCCCGCCGUUCAAACCGCAGCUCAAGAGCGACACGGAUGUGUCUUAUUUCGAUCCAGAGUUCACCAACGCUCUCCAGACUAAUGGUUCACUGAACGAGCGUGCGAAGGCUUUGGCUAGAGGCAUUCCGACAUCCACCCCUCUCUCACCUUCUGUGCAAGCCAACUUCCAGGGCUUCACAUACGUCGACGAGAGCGCACUGGAUGACCACAUGGCGGACCGGUAUCACACAGAUGAGGACAUGGGAGAUGUGGACCGCAAGAACGAUGAUGAUUGGGACGACUUGGGCGACAUGGACUCACACAGCCCUCGCCGCAUGAGCGGUGUUGCCAGGAGCAGUGCCGCUGAUGAGCACAUGUUUGGGUCUCAUUUCGACGACAUUUAA